CUUCUCUCUCUCUCUCAACAUAAAAAUGCAUUUUUGAAUUCAAUGAAAUUUCACACACUUCACAUCUCAAAUCACUAGGGUUUAAUCGUUGAUUAUUCACAUUCAUAAUUCACCCACUAUUUAGUAUUUUUCACGCUUGAUCUCGUCUGAUUUACGUUUAUCAAAUUCAAUCAAUCGCCUCCGUGAUCUUCAAUCCACAUUUCUUCAGCUCAAACUUUCAGAAUUUCCGCCAUUUUCAAAUCCCCCUUCACGUGAGUUUCACUUCUGCCGUGUCAGGUAAUUUUCUCAUUUUCUGUGCCGAUUUAAUGCUCCUCGUCAUCAACGCAUUGAAUUCAUCAACGGCGGCGGCAUCAGCAGCUGCAGCAGCAAUUAGCCACACAAAACCCCCAAUUUGUGGUUUUCUAAUUGCAAUCAGGAUCAAGCGUUAGAGCCGGCGGGUUCUCAUCAUCAGCUGCUUGCGUAUCCAUCGGCGCCGAUUUCGCUGCUGAUUGAUCACCAUGGCGGCGCCGCGGAGUGUGGUGGUGGAAGCGGGCAGCUGGGUGUUGGAUAGGGACGAGGAGAAGAAUUCCGACUCGCCGUCGGAGAAGAAGUUGAAGGCGGAUAGAUUUCCUCUGUCGCGGUGGGAGUUCGCGGCGGCGCUGGGGGUGUUUUUGGUAUUUUCUACUGGAUUGAUGUGCAUUUACCUCACGAUGCCGGCGGCGGAGUAUGAGCUGCUGAAGCUGCCCCGCACGCUCUCCGACCUCCGAUCGCUCAAGGAUCAUCUUGCAAUUUAUGCUCAAUCACACCCAGCAAAGUUCAUCCUUGGUUACUGUUCGACAUACAUAUUCAUGCAGACAUUCAUGAUUCCUGGGACGAUUUUCAUGUCAUUACUAGCUGGAGCACUUUUUGGUGUCGUGAGAGGUCUUUUCUUGGUCGUAUUCAAUGCCACAGCAGGUGCAUCAUCAUGCUAUUUUUUGUCCAAACUUAUUGGCAGGCCUAUUGUCAACUGGUUGUGGCCUGAAAAGCUGAGAUAUUUCCAGUCCGAGAUAGCGAAGCGGAGAGAGAAGCUUCUGAAUUACAUGCUCUUUCUGAGAGUUACUCCAUCAUUGCCGAACCUGUUCAUCAAUCUGGCAUCACCAAUCGUGGAUAUACCGUUCCAUAUUUUCUUUCUGGCAACUCUUGUUGGUCUCGUCCCGGCUUCCUACAUUACUGUCCGAGCUGGGAUUGCUCUUGGUGAACUUAAAUCGGUGAAAGAUCUCUAUGAUCUUAAGACGUUGGUCAUGCUUUUCCUCAUUGGGUCGAUUUUAUUACUUCCGGCCAUUUUGAAGAGGAAGAGGGUGUACGAGUAAAGCUCUUGUUUACAAUUACUCUGACAUUCGCGGAGAAGGAGAGAGUGCCCGUAUCCUGGUUUUCUACCUUGACUGAGGUACGAGAUAGGUGAAAAAUCGACGUGCAUUGGAAGUUUGGAACUGCAACUCGUACCCUCUGCUUUAGUCUCCUGACACAUCUAACAGAUCCCCUCACCUUGGUUUAUUUGGGUCGUCUUGUAGCAAGAUAUGUUGAAUUUGUACUCAUAUAUAUCAUACAUCAAAAUAUUGAAUCUGUUAUAGAUUUAUAGUAGAUUUUAAA